CUCGUCUCGGUGGUGCAGUACUGAGGCGGGAGUGCGCUCGGAUCGCUGUGCCCGUCCUGGUUGUGCAGCCUCUGCCGCCGCCAUGAGCAGCGGGCAGACCUCCGUCAUCCAGGUCACCAACCUGUCGGCCGCCGUCACCAGCGAGCAGAUGCGGACUCUAUUCACCUUCCUGGGAGACAUCGAGGACCUGCGGCUCUACCCACCAGACAAUGCACCGCUUGCUUUUUCCUCCAAAGUAUGUUAUAUUAAGUAUCGUGAUCCUUCGAGCGUUGGUGUGGCCCAGCAUCUAACUAACACGGUUUUUAUUGACAGAGCUUUGAUAGUUGUUCCCUGUGCAGAAGGUAAAAUACCAGAAGAAGCCAAGGCCUUAUCUCUUUUGGCUCCAGCUCCUUCAUUAUCUAGCCUGCUUCCUGGGGCAGGUUUACUUCCAAUUCCUACUCCAACUCCAUCACCUUCUCCUUUAGCAUCGGUCCUUAGGAGAGAAAAAGUUGAUGUGCCAUUGCUAUUGCAGCUGCACACAUCAAAAAGACUGGUGGCAGAGAACACUACACCCACUAUAAAGCUAAGUGUCCCGUUUACCACAUUGGCGACGACAUUACCAACACCUUUGGAACCUGUUAUACCGACCUUAGCCCCCGUGAUACCAGCUUUAACACCUGCCAUCCCAGCACUUGCUGACUUGCCGCAACCACCUUUGAUGGGUAAUGUGGAUCCUACAAAAGUUGACGAAAUCAGGAGAACAAUUUAUGUUGGAAACCUAAAUUCGCAGACUACAACAGCAGAGCAGCUGCUAGAGUUCUUUAAACAAGUAGGAGAUGUCCGUUUUGUUCGCAUGGCAGGGGAUGAGACCCAACCUACGCGGUUUGCUUUUGUGGAGUUUGCUGAUCAAAAUUCUGUGACAAGAGCUCUUACCUUCAAUGGGGUUAUGUUUGGCGACAGGCCCCUUAAGAUAAAUCACUCAAACAAUGCAAUCGUCAAACCUCCUGAACUAACCCCCCAAGCAGCUGCCAAGGAACUUGAAGAGGUGAUGAAGCGUGUAAGGGAAGCUCAGUCCUUAAUUUCAGAAGCUAUUGAACCAGAAACUGGGAAGCCUGUCGAGAAAGUCGCUCAGAAACACUCCAGAUCGCGAUCACAUUCUCGUUCAAAGUCUAGGUCAAGGAGGAAAAGGUCACAUUCAAAGCACAGAAGCCGAUCACGUAACAGAUCAAGGUCCAGACAUAAGGAGCGAAGGCGAUCCAAAAGCCCUCACAAGAAGAGAUCUAGAUCAAGAGAACGCCGAAAGUCAAAAAGUCGUUCACGCUCCAGAGAGAAAAAGAGAGACAAAGAAAACAAAAGCAAAGCUAAGGAAAGGGAAAAGACGAAGGACAAAAAUGACAAAAGGAGAAAAGAAAAACGAUCUAGAAGCCCCUCUAAAAGCCAAUCUUCUGCCCGAAAAUCUCGCAGUGUUAGCAGGGAAAAGCGCAGAAGGAAAAGCCGAAGUUUAUCCAACUCUCCUAAAAGUUCCAAAACUGUAAAAAGGUCUUCUCGCUCACCCUCUCCUCGAAGCAAAAGUAGAAAAGAGAAAAAAAGGGGGAAAGAACGGGAUCACAGUGAAGAAAGAAGGGAGAGAGAGCGCUCCACGUCCAAAAAAACUAGCAGUAAAGAGCAUGAAGUUAAGUCGAUUAGUGAUAAAUAUGAUAACAUAAAGGAAAAAGAUGGACAGACUACUUACAAAGGACAGGAAGAUGACAAAGAUGGAAUGGUUGAUCAAGGGAAUUCAAAGCACAAUGGAAGCUAUCGAACUGCAGAUGACAGUCCAACAAGCAAGAUAGAUGUCUAAGAACAGCCAGCAUUGGUUAAUAUGCCUUCCUCGAGGACGCUCCAUGAAAACUAUGUUAACAAUUUCCAUAAACAAAAAACUGUGUGGGAGUUUUGUAUUGUUUUCUGCUGCGGUAACUUCCCUAGUAUUGUCUCCGUUCAACAGUGUUGAAUAGACUAUGGACCUAUGAACUUGCUGAAAACGGUUUGUGCUACAGUAGAGAUAUCAAUCAUCAUAAUUUUCAGACAUUUCCCCUUCUCUCCAGACAUUUCCCAUUCUCUAACAAAGUGCUUGUUUGUCUAUAGGUGUGUGUGUGUAUGUAUAUAUAUAAUAUAAUUAUAUGUACACACACAACACACUAUUAAUUUUUGGUUCCUGUGAUGCAUAGGAAAAAGUUACAAACAAGCACUGCUUGUUAUUAACAUAAUGGCGGUAAUUUAAUUUUUUAUAUAUUGUUUUUCUUGUUAAUAUUUAGGAAUUCAAACUACAAACGCGAAAUCUUUCUUACAUUUUUUUUUUAUUUUACAUUUUGCAGCUUACAAGAAAAGCUGUAUUUCGGUUCAAACCACAUUUUUAAUAUGCAUUAACUGUGAAAAGAAAUAAAAGUAAUAGUUUUUGUUUCCACCAAUAAACUUGUAUUGGAUACUGUACAGAGAA